ACUUGUGUGUAUGUGAAUGUGCGCUGGUAUUGGCGCGCUUGUGAGUGUGAGCGAAUUUGCAAGAGACGGGGCGUAUGAGCAAUGCCGUGGCGAAAACUUUGCCACUUUUGUUGUCUGCGACGAAAGCAAAAACAGCGAGACACCGUAAAAAAAAAAACAAGUAAUAUAAACACAGCUUUACAUGCGCAGUUUUUGUUGUUGUUUUUAUCCGGCUGCUGUGGCGUUGCACUGCGUAUUACUGUUUUUCCUCUUUUUUUUUUUCUUACUUUUUAGAGCGUCCGCGUUGCGGCGACGCGUUGUUAGCGGUUCGAAAGGUAGCGCAGCACUGGCGCUCUGCCGCCAAUUCGAACAGCUGAGCGCCAGCCGAAGAGAGAGAGCCGAAGAGUGCCGAACGACGCAGCUCCGCUCCACUCGCCACCACUGCCACUGCAGUGGCGCUCAGUCGCGGUCGCUGUGCGCUGCCGUGCUCUGCUGUAAGCGCUCUUACGUUCCGCGCCCGAAUUUUUCGUGCUUUUCCCUUGUUUUCCCUGUGGGCCAGCGUUUCGCUGCUGCUCGGACUCGGUUUGGGCCAACACUUGUCGCCUCUUGGCCAUUAUGCAACGACAGCGAAACGAAGGUGCUCGCGAAGUGGCCAAGCUGCUCUCUGAUUGGUCGGUGGUCAGCGCCACGAGGCCACCCGAAGUUCUCUCGCGAGAACUCAAGAUCGCUCUCUCCCUCUCUUUUGGGAGAGAUGAGAUAGGAAAGAAAAGCCAAAACACUAGAACAAUCCAGAAGCCAAGUUUUCCGGCUUGCACAUACACCGUAUAAUCUGCAUUUUUUGCGAACUAUAAACUCGAGUCAAUCAGCUUUGUUUUACAAUUCAGUGUUUUACUAUAAACAAAUAAACCAAUAUAAUUUUGCUCAGAAAUCGAUGCACUUUGAUGAGAGAAUAGUGAAACCACAAUUCUCAGUUAAUAGCUUUUAAACUGCGCUGCAAAAAUACCGGUUGAACUUUUUUGGUUAUGGAAAAGCAAAUGUUUGGGGAUUUAAGGCGAGAUAUUGGGCGGAGUGACCAAAACAUUGGCAAGGGAGCCAUCAGCAUCAGCAUCCCAGAUUCACAUCCACAUCAUCGCCAGCGUUGAGAGCUCUUUCGAUCGAAAUAAAUUCGAAUCGAGUGCGAUUCGUCAACAAGGCGAAGAUAAAGAUUUCAGGGCAAUAGAACAGAAAAUCAAUGUUAUUCAAUCAAAAACCAAUGCAAAAUUGCUUCGCACUCUGGCACACUGCAUUGUAAAGUUAGAGAUUCUACUGUUCCGAAUUUUAUUUUCCAAGUCCAACAUUUUUCCGAGUGUCGAGGUGGGAAGUAAACUGCGGCGGGGGAAUAAUGAAGUCAAAACGGUCACGCUUACCCGCACAUCGAUGGAAAAUUAUAAUGAGCGGCGAGAAGAAGCAGCAGCAGGCGGCAGUUGAGCAGUUGAACAGUUGAGCCGUCGAGGAAAACGAUGGAAAAAGAGCAGCAGAUGAUGGGGCAACCACGACGGACGUGAGAACGGAACGAACCGGCGAGCAGCCCCCGUCCACACAGGAACGAAAAAAGAAGGCGUCCAGCUAAAGAAACUUGAAAACUUGGAAAACCUCGUACCUCGAAUCGCCCAACCAUGCAAAUGAGACCGAAAGCGACCGGCGAUCGAGGGAUUUCCAUUUCCAUUCCGGGGUUCUUGAGGUUGCGAAUGGAACGCAGCGCUGGAGAAGAGGUGAUAAUGCAGCCCGCCGACAGCUCCCAUCCAUUAGUCCAUCGUCCAUCGAUGUCAGAAAUACAUAUAUAACCUAAUAACCCCGAGCACGUAUGUGCAUAUCAACGAGAUGCAAUGGAUGUUUGACUUUGGAAUUUUCUUUUUAUGACUUUAGCUUAGCUCUGUCGGCCAAACGGACGGAAAUGCUCACAUUCUAAGCCAAAACGGACACCUUCUCUGAUAUACAUACUAAAUGAUAACACUAACAAACUAGCCACAUUAGGUCAUGAUUCAAUAGCAUGGUGAGUAGUUAAGUAAAUAUAGAUGAGCCCCAUUCAAUAACGACUUCCUAGAACAGCCACUGGGUAUCGUAUAUCCCCACUUGCUGACCAAAACCAUAAUUUGCAUGUUUAAGUUGAGCCUGCCACCAGCGCUUUCUUCAUCACCACCACCAUCAUCAUCAUCAGCAGCAUAAGCAUCAUAAAAGGCGUUAUCAUUACCACACUACAACUCAUCAGCAUCAGACAAUCAUAUGUACAUACAUAUAUGUAUGUUUGCCGAAGGGUUUCUCGCCCGAUGAGAGGCAGCUGCUAGCUGCUUCUGCUGCUGCUGCUGACCAGUUGAGUUGACCACUCGACAACCUUGACACAAAUGAAUGCGAAAAUCGAAGGACGAGCAGGACGAGGCGGCCCGCAGGGGGCGUGGCCGUCAUAACAACAACAUUACCAUUACCAAACCAACUAGCCAGCACUUCCAGGCCAGAAUGAGAGCGGUGGCAACAUCCAGCGAGUGGCUGCUACCUGUUCCCAACUCAUUUGCCUAAUAGAACAAUUAUCGACGCCUACAGCCCGUGGGGCUAUGCUGUGCGAUGGAAAUAGUCUGGCACCAUGGGUCCUGUCGGCCGAGACUUGGUCACGUCGGGAACCAGGAGCGCAGGAGGACACUAACUGGGUGUUGCACAGCCAUUACGAUGAUUGUGUCCAUGAUAGUGACGAUAAUUACCCUAACGACGGCAGCAAUAAUGGCCCUGUCGAUUAAACGGAAGCCUACAAUUACCAUUUCCACGGCAGCCGAGUGAUAUAAUAUGUACAAAUGUAAAUUUUAAAUUAAUUUUAAUUUAGGAAAAAUUCAAAUUUGAAAUCUUAAUACGUUUGUAAGUCUAAUGUGACACUUGCUGUUAGUAUAAUAGUAGAAAUAGUAGAGUUGUCCGAUCGGAAAUGGUUCGUCUAACUUACUGCCUGCAAUUAAGGUCUUUCUCCAGUUGCGUAAGUUUUAAAACUUUGAGACUAGUCUUCGAACGGACGGACAAACGGACAAACGGACGAACGGACAAACGGACAAACGGCUGCGUUGUGAAAUUCUGAGUUACAUAUAUUGAGCAAUGAAUAAAUCUGAGUAAUAAAAACAUAAUUUGUAUAAAAACAUUUAAAGGCUUUAAGAUAAUUUAUAUCGAUAAACCAACUACCAGCGAUUUCGAUUUCACCAGGCAUUUUUAAGCAUUGAAAUAUAUAUGCUCAAGUUCUGCGUUUAGCUUGCCAUACACAAGCUAUUCAAAGCGACUAUUCAACACCGCCCACUUUCUCGCCCAACCGCUUCAUGUGACAUCCACAUGUGUUGCUCCUGCUCCUUGACCUUCUCCGUCCGCUUGCAAAUCAACUUUGGCGCAGAACAAGACAAUGAACGCCGUAAUGAAUAAACAGAGGCGUCGCGGAGGGGAUUUGCGAGUGCAAAAGCGCAUUUAACGGCUUUUGCUGGCAAAGGAAACGCAAAUAAGCGACAAGGACGCGAACAAAGAAAAGGGGGGUAGUCACCCCCUGAAAAUGAAAAAAAAAAAUAAACGAAGAAGGCCAUCCAGUGAACUAUGUGUUUUGAAAAAUGUCAAGGCUCCUUUUUGGGCGGCGGGGGCGGUGGUGCAGGAAAGGGCACGGGCAGGAGAAGAGGAAGAACGCAAUUUCUGGCAACCCUUUUGGCCAAACAUCCAAAUCCAUAAGCCAGCGAGCGCUCAAGGGCAAUUCGGUUAACAAAACAAUGGCCACGACGGCGAAUCC